AUGUCGACCUUCACCGAAUUAAAUAGACAGUAUUUUGAUAAACAGGCUAGCUCCUACAACGGCGAUUUCCGAAAUGUCCUGGAAACGAUCUAUAACCAAGUCCAGAGCCGUCGCUCCUGGAUCAGUGAUAUCUGGAAUGACACAGAGACCGGCAAAGAUCCAGAGAUCAAGGUACUCGAAUACGCUUGUGGAACAGGCGCUGUCUCCUCGGCGCUGGCACCAUUUGUCGACAAAGUCGUCGGCAUAGAUGUAUCAGAAGAGAUGAUCAAGCAAUACAAUUCCAACGCCAAAGAAACUGGUUUUGCGGGAAAGAUGGCUGGUUACGUCGGCGAUCUGUUCGCCGAAUCCGUGCCGGCCGAGAUUUCUGGGCCGGAGUUCCAGGACUUCGACUUGGUCGCCGUGAGCAUGGCUUUGCAUCACUUUGAUAAGCCUGAAUUUGCCCUUAAGCGCCUGGGAGAGCGUUUGAAGAAGGGUGGCAUGUGUUUGAUCAUCGAUCUGGUACCAGAAGAUAAGCAUUCCCCACACGCCAUGGGCCAUGCAUUCCCUGAGGCGAACGCAACAAUCAGGACUCAUGGCUUUACGGCGGAGCAUAUGCAGAAGUUAUUCGAGAGCGCUGGAUUAUCGCAUAAAGUCGAUUACUGUGUGAUCGAAGAGCCAGUGGUGUUCCGCAAAGAGGGCAAGGAGAUUUCCAAGACCAUUUUCAUAGCUAGGGCUCAGCGCACCUAG